AUGUGCCUCCGCUCCGGUGUGUGGCAGUUCGAUGGAUCCAGCCCAGCGACCUCCACGCGGGCAUAUCCGCCGUGCCACUCCAUGCAUGAUCAUCGCUGGGGGCAGCGGUGCUCGUGCGACUGCGGAUUCGGCCUCACCUCACGCCCUCUGGCCUGCAGCUGCACGUUGCCGGGCGCCAUGCCUCCGUCGAAUGGAGGCCCGACUCCAGGCUCUGAGCACGUCUAAUCCUUACGAUUCAUGUGCCCUGCGCAUGGGAGGCUAUCGUAGCUACGAGACUGGCGCCAUAGACCUCGUGUGACAUUGUGGGCGCCCUGCAGGGGUCGAAACCGCCGUUGGUUCGAGGAAUAUUCGAAUAUAAUCGGCGAAGUA